AUGCCCCUCCCACCAGUAUUAUACCACAUCUUCCCACUUCCCAUACCUUACCUCCCCACUCUCGCACUCCAGAACAGCAUCCACCACCUCCAGCUCAACCUGCGCAAGUCUACCCAGGACAACCCAGACAUCCUCCUGCUGCUACAGCACACACCGGUCUAUACCGCCGGAAGGCGAGAAGUAGAGGUCAAGGAGCUUGAAGCGGCACGACUGAAAUCUGCUGGUGCGGACUGGGUAAAGAGCGAUCGGGGUGGGCUGACGACGUUUCACGGCCCAGGGCAGGUCGUAGGCUACCCGUUGUGGGAUAUCGGUCGGAUAGGGAUGUCAGCAAGAUGCUACGUGAACAACGUCGAGUCCUCCCUACGUGACUACCUCCAGCAAACCUUCUCUCUCCGAACCCUAGACCCCUCCCCCUCCCCAGGCCUCUUCACCACUCCAGAACGGAAGAUUGCCUCCCUAGGCAUCUCCGUCCGUCACCGGCUGACAGCACACGGGUUCUCGUUAAACGUACUGCAUGAGCCUGUACGGUGGUUUGACCAGGUUGUAGCGUGCGGGCUAGAGGGCGUAGGAGCGACGAGUGUGCAGGAUGAGCUGCCUAGCGCUGGCCUGGGGGAAGGGGGGAUGACAGGGGUGGCGGAGGGGAUAGCAACUGCGUUUGGCGGGAGGUUUGGGAGAAGCAUGCAGCGGCUUGAUUUGGAUGUGCUGGGCGGGCUGGAGGGGGGGACGAAGGUCCGGCAGGAGUUGGAGCUGCUGGAGAGGGAGGGGAGGAGGGAGUGGUUGAGGGAGCCUUUGGUUUGAUGACUGUGUCUGUUUGGGUGCUCCUGGGAUGUGCGCUGCGGUUAGCUGGACGUGGAACACCUGGGAUGAGGGCGGUUAGUUGGCAGUCUUGAAUUCCUCUGCGAGUAGAGGAGUCGUUGUUUAAUCAACCGGCUGCUGGUGUACUGUAUAUACGCCAAACAAAAG